GCAUAAAAAUUAAAGUGUUUCAGAUAGUGAGCUUGUGAAUUUUUCUUUCAAAAAAUUCAUUAAACUAAAUCAAAGAACAAUAAACUCUUUUUAAUAGUGACUUCAUAGAGGCACGAAGGAAAAUUCGAGUUUAGAAAACUUAUAAAAUAUUUCUAAUCACAUUUAGUUGAGCUUAACAAUUAGUGAAAAUAAUCAAAUUGAUAGCAUGACAAGGAAAAUAAUUUUUUUUCAUUUAUAUUUGAAUAUUUUUAGACAUGUCGAUGUCUCGCUUAAUAGAUAAUGCUUAAAUUACCAAAAGGUCUGAAAAAGAAAAAGAAAGGAAAAAAAUCAAAAAAGGAUCAAGAAUUAUUCACCGAAGAAGAAUUACAGCAGUACAAACGUGAACAUCAACAGAGUGAGCAGCAAGUUGCUGAGAAAGAACCACAAAACGAAAAAAGUGAAGCCGAUGACGAAUGGUCAAAGUUUGCAGCUCUCACAACUGGCGUUGAUUCAAUUCUAAAAAAGACUCAAGGAGAUUUAGAUCGAAUUAAAUCGACUUCUUUUUUCAAGCGAGUUGCACCACCAAGUCAAACAAAAGUUGAGCCAAAAGAAGAAAAAGUUUUAGUAGAACCUCCUAAAAAAGAAGAAGAUCUUGCGAAGCAGCUUUUAAACGCAGUAGUAGAACUUUCGGAAUCAGAAGAAGAAUCAGAGUGUGAUGAUUCAGCUUUUGAUACAACUUAUAUUGAUAAAGUUGAAACUGGAGAACUUCCAUUAGCGUACAUUCCUGACUCACCUGAAGAAGAAACUGACUUAGGGCCAGAUCCAUUUGACACAGGUUACGCAGAGAAAGUUAUUAAAGGACCUGCAGUUUCAACACGUGGCAAAAAGCUUGUUAAUAUCGGUGCAGCAGUUGAAGUUCUUACUGGAAAAGUUGAAGUAGUUGGAAGUACCAGUAAAACACGAAGACAACGACGUGGAAUUCAAAAUUUGUUAUUAGAAAGUUUCGAAGCUAAAUCUGAAGACAGUGAAUCGAUUCCAGCAGCAGCUUCGGAGCCAAUUGUUACAAAAACUUUAUUAUUAGAUGAACCAACAGAUCUUGGUGAAGAAGUUCCAAUCGAUUUAAGUGUUUCUCUACACUUAUCACUUCUUCAACAAAAGAAGGAAGAAAAUAGCAACAAUUUAGAUCAGCAAAGUGAUGAUGUUAAUGAUUUAAAAGCAUUAGAUUCAAUUAUCUAUAGUCGAUCAAAAACACCAGAACCACCACAAGAAGUUGCAAGUGAUUGGUCUGAAUUUGAAGUUAAAAAAGACGAAGAAGAUAAAAAGCCAAAACGGCCACCUCUACCAUCAAGACCACCACAGCCAUCAAAUUUACAAAUUUUGCUUGGUGAAGAAGAGAAUGAUGAUGAUGAUGAUUUAAAUGAAGAUCCAUUUGACACAACUUAUGUUGAAAAAGUUGUUCCAAAAUCAAUCGAAUACGACGACGAUUUUGAUCCUCGAGCAAUUGAAGAAUUAGAAAAAGCUGCUGAAGCAGAAAAUUCAAAUUUAUCAGUAAUAAAGAAGGAUUUACUGCACACAAGUCAUACUGAUUUAGCUCAAGUUAUACCAACAUUAGAGCCAAGUGCUAACUCACAAAGUGACGUUGAAAUCGAUCCAUUUGAUACCUCUGCAGUUGACGCACUUGUUGUACCUUGCAAGACUGAAUUAAAAUAUUUGGAGAAAGAACUUUUGGAAAGUAAUCAACAAGCUUCUUUAAGUGACGACGAUUUCGACCCUCGAGCAGACGAGGAAGUUAAACCUGACUUAGAUCAACUAAGACAGAGAAAGUCAUCUUUAAGCUUACAAAUUCCGUCAGCAAAUCACAAACUUGUGUCAUUUGCUGUUACGACACCUGACUUAUUAAAAGCAGACGCUGAAGGAAGUGGAAAGAUUCCCAAACCUCUCACACCUUAUUAUACUCGUGAAAUAUCGCUUGACGACACAGUUGAAGAAGAUCCUUUCGACACUUCAUUCGUUCCAGCCAACGCACCAACAUCAAUUGAACUUCAAUUGAUUGAAAAGGAAAUUUUAAAAGAAACGACACUUAAACAUAGCAUUUCUGAUCCCGACUUUGACCCUCGUGCUAUCACACCAAUUCCAGAAAAACCUCAGACAGAUUUAUUCUUAGAAUCUGAAAGUCACGAUACUAAAGUUCUCACUCCUUAUAAAGACAACAGCAGCACCCCGGAAGAAGCGGAAAUCGACCCAUUUGACACUUCGAUAGCUGUUAACAUUCUACCAGGUUCUGCUGAACUUAAACUUUUAGAAGACGAACUUAUCGAUAAGAAACCGGAACCAGCACCACCAACUGAUAUCUUAUCAGACACUCAAGACAACUCAAUUUACGUGAAGAUUUUGACACCACAACCAAGUGGUUCACUUGAUUUAGAGUUACAAGAAGACUACGAUCCAUUUGACACUUCAUUUGCUGCAAAUUUAGCACCAGGAGAAACUGAAAUUAAGAUCAUUGAAAGCGAGCUUAUUAAUUAAAUUCUCACAGAACACAAAAUAAAUUUGAAAUCAUGGCCAAUCCAUUCUUGUUUAUGGAAGAAGAGACGGGUGCAGAAAAUCCCGUCGCUGAUUCUUAUUCCAAUCCUUUCUUAGUAGAAGAUGACGAUGAAGUUGAUGAAUUUUCAGCUGAAAAUCCUUUCUCAGCAAGUAAUCCUUUUGCUUUUAAUGAUGCUGAUGAUAAUGCCAAUGAGAAGAAUAAUGUCGAAGCCGAAUCUGGUGCAAGUUUGUUCAUUGUCGAGAAUGACAUUGAUGAACAACAAGUUGAUGCCACCAUGAGUUUCUUUGGCACUACAAUAAACGAAUAUGAUGGAUUGCAAUAUCAAAAACCAAAUGACUUGAUUAUAACUCAGCAUGAGAUGGCAGAUGAUGUUGUGAAGCAUUCAGAGGAUGAUGCUGUGCACAGUCAUAAGCCACCACCUCGGCCGUUGCCACCAUCACAAAUGACACAACAAUUAAUCACAAACUUAACUGACCAUUUGGAUCAAACCAGCACAAAUUUACUGGGAAAACUUCCAAAAACUCGAACGCCAAGUCCCAUCUCGAUGCGAGAUUUACAUUCGCCUGAUGUUGGUGAUUUGUUAGAUGUUUCCGAUAUGUUAUCUUGUGAACAAGAACAACAAUCAAACAAUGUCGUACCGAAGUCAAAUGAUCAUGAAGUUGAACAUAAACCACACCGCCCACCACCCCCUAGACCUGUCCCUCCACGACCUACACCACCAAAAGGAUCACUAAAAUCAUCACCAGUCACUGAACCACCUCCAAUCAUCACAAAUAAUUCAGCAAAAGAUCCACAAGCUCAUCAACAAGACGACGAUGAUUUGCUCAAUUUCUUUGGCUCGGAAAAGAAGAAACCUCCAAAACCAGCUCCACCAAAAUCAAAUAAAGAUAUUCUCAGUUUAUUCACAGCACCAACACAACCUGUGGUUGCUGAUCAGAAGCCAGAUUUAUUAAGUGAAGAUAUGGAAAAUAUUGAUUUCACUGUUCAAAAUCAUACUCAAGCAGCAGUGGCGAUUGUUCAACCAUAUGAACCCGAGAAAGAAAUUGUUAUUGAAGUGCAAGAAGAGAAAGUCAUUCCACAACAACCAAUUGUUGAAGAACCUUUAAUCCAAAAGGAAGAAUUUGUUGAGAAUCAUAUAGCGAGUUCUGAUUCAAUGACGAAAAUGGAAAUAUCACCAGAUCAUUCCAUUAAAUUAAAUAAUCAUGAACAAGAGAAAGAAGUUGAAGAAGUUGAACAACCAAAAUCAGAAGUUCCAUCAAAUCAUCAUAGCCCUGAGAUUGAAAAAGUGACAACAUCAACAUCAAGUGGAUAUCUUAGUAAUACGACAUUGCAAGAGUCUGAGACUCCUGAAAUAACUCAGAUUCAAGUUACACAAGCUGAAGACGAACCUUCUCCAAAGCUACAAUUUCUGCAACAACGUUCGGAAGUUUAUCAGAAUCAGCGGCCUACAACACCAGACCCUAUUGUGGCUUUGCCUGAACUUGCACCAAUAUUUGGUGGACAAAUUACAACUUCACCAGCUAAAGCUGCACCACCACCACCACCAGCUCGUGAUGGAAGUGUCUUGUCAUCUGUUAAAACUCAGCAACCAGCAGUUGUUCCUGAAAUUGUAAAACCUGAUGAAUUUGAUGACUUCUCGAUGAAGUUUGAAAGUAAAGGACAGACAAAGGCUACUGGAAAUGCAUUCUUGGAUAGCCUUGAGACAACUGCAGUUGACACUGCUGAUGCUUGGGGUGGCUCAGACGCAUUCGAUGGAAAUAAUGUUGUUGAUGAUGGCUUUGGUAAUGAAGAUGGAUUUGAUUCAUGGGAUGCUCCAGUUGUUCCAGAAAGUACGCCGUUUAUGAAUCGCCGAUCAUCGAUAGAUUCUGAUGAAGGAAAAGAUUUUAGUGUAGUAAUAAAACCAAAAGCCAUUGGCUUUGAUCUUAAUGAUCAUGGAAGUGUUGCGCCAAUUCUUGGCCCUCCACCACCUCAAAGGUCUCCAUACUCUGGUUCAGUUUAUUCAGGAGAUUCAUCACCGAGAGUGAAUCCAUUCGAAAGCAGUUACACAGAACCACAAAUGGAUAGCAAAUCGCCAGAACGACGUGACUCACAAGAUUCGGGUCCCGGAACUCCAUUAUUUGACGAUGACGUGUCUCAACCUCUCGAAGACUUCCCACGUAUCUUCUACGAAGGGCCAGGAUGGGAAAUGCAGCUACGUCAGCCAAAUAAAAAGAAAAUAACUGGUCAAAGGUUUUGGAAAAAAGUUUUUGUUCGAAUGGUUUGGCAAGGUGACAAUCCAGUUGUGCAACUUCUCAAUAAAGAUACCGACAAAGAGCCUUUUCAAGAACUACCAUUACAAGGUUGCUACUCAAUUUCCGAGAUUGCUGCUCAACAAUUUGACAACUUCGGAAAGAUAUUCACGAUUAAACUUCAAUAUGUUUUUUAUAAGGAACGUCCAGGUGUACGACCAGGACAAGUCACAAAGGCUGAACGCAUCACAACUAAACUUAGCAUGUUUGCCAAAUACGCGAUUGAAGGCGACUAUCAAGGUGUUAAGGAGUUUGGAAGUGAUUUGAAGAAACUUGGCUUACCAGUUGAACAUGCACCACAAAUGUCACAACUUUUCAAACUCGGUUCAAUGAAUUACGAGGAUUUAAAGCAAUUUUCAAUGUGCAUAGAAGAAGCGUUAUUUAAGUUAAAUGUUCAUCGUGAUCGUGCGUUAACAUAUAAGAUGGAAGAAGUGCAAGUGACUGCUGUUGAUGAGAUUUAUGUAGAACAAAGUUCAGAAGGCUACAUUGAGAAACAAAUUGCAAGAGUUCGUCUUUUCUUUUUGGGAUUUUUAUCAGGAAUGCCUGACAUUGAACUUGGUCUUAACGAUUUGUGGAGACAAGGUAAAGAAGUUGUUGGUCGUCAUGACAUUAUUCCAGUUGCAACAGAAGAGUGGAUUCGACUGGAAGGCGUUGAGUUUCAUUCUUGCGUUCAACAAGAUCAAUAUGAACGUACACGAACAAUCAAAUUUAAGCCACCAGAUGCCUGCUAUAUUGAACUCAUGAGAUUUCGUGUACGUCCACCGAAAAACCGUGAAUUACCUUUACAACUGAAAGCAACAUGGGUUGUUACUGGAAAUAAAGUUCAACUGAGAGCAGACGUCUUAGUUCCAGGCUUUACAUCACGUAAACUUGGACAAAUUCCAUGUGAAGAUGUUGCAAUUAGAUUUCCAAUUCCCGAAUGUUGGAUUUACUUAUUCCGUGUUGAAAAGCAUUUCCGUUAUGGUUCAGUUAAAUCAACACAUCGACGAACUGGAAAGAUAAAAGGCAUUGAACGAUUUUUAGGAACUGUUGAAACACUACAAGAGUCUCUCAUCGAAGUAACAUCUGGUCAAGCGAAGUAUGAACAUCACCAUCGUGCAAUUGUUUGGAGAUGCCCUCGGCUACCAAAAGAGGGUCAAGGAGCUUACACGACUCAUCAACUUAUAUGUCGUCUCGCUCUUACAAGCUUUGAUCAAAUCCCCGAUCAACUAGCGCCAUAUGCGUACAUAGAAUUUACAAUGCCAGCGACUCAAGUGUCGCACACGACUGUAAGAUCUGUGAGUGUUCAAGAGUCUGACAGUGAUGAGCCACCAGAGAAAUAUGUUCGGUAUUUAGCAAGACAUGAGUAUAGAGUUGGCAUUGAACACACCAUGGGUGAAAGUCAAAAUGCAUAUUUGUCAGCUACAGCAGUUAAGACACCACAACAUCAACCUAUUCGUGAGGAACCUGUUGCAGCUACUCCAAUGGCAACACAUAGUGAUACAGAUUCAGAUUCAAAUUAGAGUUGCAAUCAACGUAGACUCUAGUAAGUAUGUGAUUAAUUUAAAAAUGAAAAAAAGGAUAAAUAUAUACUUAAUUGAAUUCGACAUCUAUCUGUUUGUUUGUGGAGGUAUUAAUAAUAUUAAGAAAUUUAAUUGCAAGCUCGAAUGAAAAGUCGAAUGAAAAUUUAUUGCUUUUAUCUACAUUUUGGGAGUGAAAUUAAAGCUGAUUUGAUGUUUAUUCUAUUUUAUUAAAUACUCUUCAAUCAAACGUAAUUUUAUUCUCACGAUGAAUUAUUCAAUGUAAUAAUAAUAACGAAAUAAUAAUAAAUGUUUGCAUGUCAUAAUGACGAUGAAAAUAAUUCCAAAAUCACCAAAUCUUUAAAUUAAGAAAACAUCCAAAUUUAGACAAAUAAAUUAUGUUGCAGUUUUCCAAAUCAAAAAGUUAUUAAUUCUAGUGAAAGUUUUCUUUUGAAUAAUUUGUAAGAUUCUCUGUUAAUUGUGCUUUCUUAGGAAUAAAAAUAUUUAUUGGCCAGACAUAUCUCGAAUGCGUGUAUGUUGAAUUCAUUUAAUUUGGCUUUUGUUUGUAUGAAAGGAGAUAAUUAUUACCAACAUAAAAUUCUUUUCGAAGAGAAAUGAGUGAUAUAUCAUAAAUAUUGCAUCAUAUAAUUUGAUUCAUAAAAAUCAUGAAAGUUAUUCAGCUUCAUUAAACCAAAUAAAUGAUAAUGAAAAUAAAUAGUCUUAUGAAAUUUAUAUCUUUAUUCCUUAUCCAUUUUUCGUUCGACAAUAAAAUAAAUAAUAAAUCACAGUAAGAUUAAAUUAUUCUUCUCUGUUCUCCAUAUUUAAUUCCCUUAAUCCCCUAGAAUUUAAGAAAGUCUGUGUGACUUAAUAAUCUGAACGUGAAAAAGUUUAAAUUGAAAAUUUUAAUCAAAAAUUAAAAUUAACAAAAUAUUAAAAUGUAAAAAAGAAAAAUAGUGAAUAUUUAAAAGGUGUUAAAGAUUUAAUUUCCAAUUCCAAAUUAUUUAAAUAUUUGUUCAUAAAUGCUAACUAUCAUCAAAUAUUUAAAAAUAAUGAAAAAAUCUCCUUAGGGAAAAUUCUUGAAAUUGUAAAAUUCUACGAAAAAUGAAAAUGAAAAUCUUUAACGCAUUAAUGUUGAUAUAAAAUCAAUUGAAUGUGUCGAACAGAGUAUUUAAGAACAUGAAAUAAUAUUUAAACUGCAAUAUACUCUACUUUAGAUUAGAAUACUCCUACUGAAAAUAUUUAUCGAUGAUAUUUAAGGAACAUAUAUACUUACAUACAUACACUUGAAUAAAUGAAUACUUAACGAUGAAUAUAUCUAAUUAAUAAAAAUGAUUGAGCUGCUGAAAAGAUUUAAGAAUAUAAAAAAGUUAUAAGAAGGUCACGAGUCACGUUUAUGACAAAAAACAAAAGCAUUAAAUAAUAUUUAUGAUAUGAAAUAAGAACUCCCCAAAAUAUUAUUGAAAUCCUAUAAGAAUAAAUAAAAAUGUUGAAGAAUUAAUAAAGUGAGGAAAAAAAUGUUAGAAAUC